AUGGUCAAUGUAGGCUCUCCACGGUAUUAGUAUGUCCAGCUUUCUCCACCAGUUGACUGAAUAGCAGUUCUCCAUCUCUCUCCCUCUCCUCCCCUCUCUCUCCCACUCUGCAUGUUGUUAGUGGGACAUACUGCAAAAGUUUUUGCCCCUCUUCUCUUGACCGAGCCUGCGUAACAGUGUAUCUUGUGUUUGAGGGUUACACAGAUGUGGUGCCUCCAUUCCAGUAUGUUCCGUCCAGUGUUGUUCUCUGUCGCCCCAUGGAUGUGUUGAACCUGUUCAGCACUCUUCCUCGGGCCGGACAUGACAUGACGUGACACAACUGCUCCUGUCCAUUGGAGGAGAAGUAAUUGGCCUCAAGCAGCAUCCGCAUCAGCAGCACAGAUAUGAUAUGAUGGGACUGGAAGAAGAGUGACUCUUGCAUUUAGCAGAGAGGCUUUUGUUUUGCUGGGGAAUGGGCUUUGAAUGGGAUGGAUGGAAACCCCAUGUUUCUGUUUCUUUAAUGGCUUGUUUAUUAGACAGUUGUGGGCCGUGGUUAUUGAUAGGUCCAUAAGAUAUCUCUAUUCAAAUGUCAGGAGUGGGAGCUGCUGCUUUGUUUUGAAUGAAUGGGAGUGCACUCACUGACACUGGUGCAAGAAACAUGUACUGUGCUGCUCUGCUCUGCACUGUUAGCAGGAUGCCAUGGGGCUGCAUUAGCAUCUUUUCCUCUCUCUUUUUUCCUCUCUGUUUUCUCCUCUCCUCUUCCUCCCACUCUACGUUUGAUCCUUUCUCAUUUCUCAUUUCUCACUUCUCACUUCUUUCUUCCUCUCUUCUCUCUUUACUCCUCAUCUCUCUACCCCUCUCUCUGUUCUCCCCUUUCCUCCUCUCCCUCUGAACUCUCUCUCUCCGUCAUCACUCUCCUCUGGUGUUCAUGGAACAGUUUCACGUUGAGAGGAGAAGGACUGCAUCUCUCUCGCCUGUGGCACCUCAGCAAUCCCGCAAGAUGAAAAGCGCCUUUUCCGUCUCUCAGAUAGAGACAGGGAGUACUUCAAACACUAUUCCCUGCGCACCUCGAACCCAAUCACCCUCUCAUGGGCGUGCGCACUGCCUUUGAUGGGCCGUGUGGGUUCACACAGUACACGCUGAACUGGACCGGUGCCAGAGUCGCUUCUUAGUAUGCCAGAGUUGCUUCUUAGUAUUCGCUCAAGGUACAUGGGUGCCGCAGUGGGGGUUGAGAGGGUCCAUGCUUCCUGGUCGCUAAUUAGUAUAACAUUUCAUGGAAAAGCUAUUUAUAUCACAGUGCGGCACUGUAAUGUACUGUAGCAUUCCCUCCCCAUACAGUGUGUUGCAAGGAUAUCGAUGCAGUGCCCUACCCAUGUACAUGGAGCGAAGCUGCACACAUAGGAACUGCUCUGGUCCUAUGUGGUUCAUUUGUGUCACAACAUUAAAAACCACAGAGAAAAGGAUUUGAAACUGUGUGUGUAUAUGCCUGUUACACAGAAAGCAGUCUGAUGUUGUACUUGAGCUGAGCCCUGUACAACCAGGCUGUAUGUGUGUGUGUGUGUCUGUGUCUGUGUCUGUGUGUGUGCUGGUGCAUGCUGGGCCAACGAGGGGUGAGGUUUUGACCCCAAUAUGCCCUAAUUUGUCACCUGUCCAUGGCAUUGAGACCAGACCUUCCUCUCCCAUCAAUGCUCUCCCUCUCUCUCCCAGCACACAACUGCGUACAUUUGGAAAACGUUUGUUGGUAAUUUGUCAUCCCCCCUGUCUCUGGAUUGUUUCAGUAAUAGACCCAUCUUAUUGCAAUUUGACCACUUAAGUCCAACACCUGCAGUCAACCAUUUGGUUGAGUUGCAAUUCUAGCCAAGCUCUUGUCCGAAGUCUUUACAAAAGCAGGGUUCAAAGCCACAACCACAGAGCAAAGGGUUUGAUAUUUAAACAGGUUCUCUCCUUUGACUCGAGAACAAUCAACCCCUCUUUGGAAGACAAAAGUAAUUUUGUUUUACAUUUUUGUUUUUAUAGCUUUUUUGUUACAUAUACAUUUUGCACACAUUUUACAUACAUACUUUUAUACACAGUAGUUACAUAACAAAGAUAUUGUGUUUUUGAUAUACACAUUACAUUUUGGAUAGAUAGUACUCAGACAUCUCCGUUAUACAUUAUAUAAAUCGUUUUCAGUAAUAACUAUUACUGAUCAUGAGCUUUUUAAUCCCACUCCUCAAUUAGUGGCUUAUCACAGUUUCGCAGGGCCCCCCCCCUGCAAGGUCUGAGCAAGGCCCCUCCCCCAACAGCUAACUUUCUACAGUUCUACACAUUUUUCCAUGGUGCAAAGAGAAACAUUUGCAGUUUUAUAACUAAUCUCAUGCUAUUUUGCCAUGAGGCUGAGAGAAAAUGUUGCUAUUUUAAAGCUAAUUUCCUGCAAUUCUACACAUAUUGCCUUGGGGCAGAGAGAGAAAUGUGGAACUUUAUAGCUAAUCUUAUGCCAUUCUACACAUUUUGCAAUGAGGCUGAGAUAAUUUAGCAUUUAAAUAUAUUUUCCUGCAAUUCUACACAUAUUGCCAUGGGGCAGAGAGAAUUUAGCAUUUUUAAAGCAAAUUUCCUGCUAUUCUAUUUUUUUUGUCUGGCUUAAGCCCUGGGAUUUUUCUGGACUAAAAUAAUUUAAUUUCCUCAAGAAGUUCCUCUUCUGUAAGUUGGCCUUCACACAGGUAUUUCUGUACAUUUUGUUAAUUUAACAUGAUCAUUAAUAGGGAAAAAAUCCUUACAGUUAACACAAUUCAGUGGAGAUGGAGGAGACUGAAAAGAAAACAUGCUUAAAAUAUUUUGCUUCCUCUUUUAAAAUAUAAUUUGGUGAAUCAUGGAUGACUCCGUUAUUUUUAAUGUGUUUCUGUAAAUUAUUUUUGGUAGCAUUUCUAUGUUGAAGAUUCAAGAAAAAUGUAGUGCAUAAAAAAAAAAAAUCAUCCACUUUAUUUUUGUAAUAAAUUACACUUGAUUGUUCUUGAAAAGUUCCUCCAGUUGUUUUUGUUUUCACGCUAACUUAUUCUGGGCCAUUAUGAUACAUUUUUUAUUGCUAUCUACCUGUGCUGUUAGUUCCUCUAUUUCCUUUGUUUGUCUAAUCCUUUUUGACUGAAACUGCUUUUGUUUUCAAGAUGAAAAUUGAAUGGCCUCUGAAAGUGUCCCAUACAAUAAGGGGAUAUGCUGUACCUAUGUUGUGCAGGAAAAAGUCAGUUAUAAAUUAUUUUGUCUUAGGUAGCCCUUUACACUUGUACCCAUAUACAAGUUGAAAAUGGCAGAUUUCCCAGACCCAUUGAUCGCUCUGUUUGGUACAGUUGAUGGGAAUAACCAGGAAGGGAAGGCUGUCUCUCUUUGUACUCUAUUAGCCAAAAGGCUCAUAUUGCAAUUUUGGAAAUUGGAGACUGUAGCUACCUUUGAAAUGUGGUUACGGGAUUUAGGGAAUGUAAUGCAUAUGGAAAAGAUUCGAUACAAUACCUCCAAUAGAAUAUUUUACAAAAUAUGGCAGCCGAUACUGGAUAAAUGGUCUAUUCCCCCUUCAUAACUGGGUUGAUGAUCUGCUACUACUGCUUGUAUUGACUAUAUGCUGUCUUCUUAUAAUACAUUGACAUCUUAAUAGGAUAUAUAUAUUUUUUUUGUAUAUGUGAGUUAAGUUUUGUUUUGCCCUCUAAAUUUGCAAUCCCAUUCAACACUACAAGGAAUGUCAAUGUUUGUAUCUCUGUUCUCUUUUUUUUAUUGGAAAAUAAUUAAAAAAAGAAAAUUGCAGAUUUGGGCACUGAUAACCGCCUAAAUUGGAAUGCAGUGGCUGUACGGUAACAUGCUAUAAAUGACAUCAGAGCUCAGGCUCUGUGCUUUACAGCACUGUAUGGGUUUUGACUGAUAACCGUUCAGAACUUGAGCACUGCACGCAACAAGAAGUUGCCCCCAUCCCUCCCGCUAAUUGGGCAACUUUUGAAAAUGUUUUGUUGUCUGAGUGAGGGAAAUGCUGUAAAUUAAGAGGACUCUAUGUAUUUUGAAAGAUGAGACAUUGAGGAUUAUAAUAAAUACCGCUUUGAUGUUAUACAAGCAAGCCAAACACCCAUGAGUUCAAAUGUGCACUUCACAUUUCCAUAGUGUCAAUGUUUAUGAUCCCUAUGUUUGAUGUACAGUUACAAGAUGAGAUGUAGUCAUACCCUGGGUUGUUCUGAACAGAAUUAGCCUAUGUUUGUCUAUUGUGAAGAGAUUUCGCCGCAGAACACGCACCUGAAUGCACGCAUGACUCCUUUCUAUUACAAUCUGUUUCUCUGAAUUGCCCUGUGAAAGCCUAACACUGUAAGAUCGUAUUUUAUAACUUAGCUAGUCAUGUUGGCAAUAGAUCAAGCUUUCAAAUGAUGCCCACCUGACCGAGGCAUAAACACCAACAGUAAUUGUGUGAUGGCGGGGAUGCAGGCCUGUGUUCCAAACAAAACAACUGCAUGUGGGCUUGCUCUAGUUCCUCAACAGCACAGCUAGGAGAGACAAAAGAAAUACACCAUAUAGUUGAAGACUCUUCUUUGAGUCAUAAAAUGCAUUGAAAUUACUUAGGAAUUGGAGAGGUGUGUGGCCACUUGGAGACACCAGUUAGUCCUUCCUCUCACUUAAACCCUUUUUUGUCUUAUGUUGCACUUACCCCACGUUUUCCAAUAAUAUUCUUAUUAGGUUACUGAUGUAUCCAGAAUAUUGCAAAGAGUGUGCAAAGCUGUCAUCAAGGCAAAGGGUGGCUAUUUGAAGGUUCUCAAAUAUAAAAUAUACUUUGAUUUGUUUCACACUUUUUUGUUUACUACAUGAUUUCAUAUGUGUUAUUUCAUAGUUUUGAUGUCUCCACUAUAAUUCUACAAUGUAAAAAAUUGUAAAAAUAAAGAAAAACCCUUGAAUGAGUAGGUGUGUCCAAACCUUUGACUGGUAGUGUAUAUCUCACUAGGUCAGGGUUUUUUAGCCUCCAUACAGUUCCUUCAGAAAGAUUAAAUUUAGAUUUUGUGUCACUGGCCUACACACAAUAGCCCAUAAUGUCAAAGUGGAAAUAUGUUUUUUCUAAAUUUUUACAAAUUAAUAAAAAAUGAAAAGCUGAAAUGUCUUGGGUAAAUAAGUAUUCAAUCCCUUUGUUAUGACAAGCCUAAAUAAGUUCAGGAGUAAGAAUGUGCUUAACGAAUCACAUAAUACGUUGUAUGGACUCUGUGUGUAAUAAUAAUAUUUAACAUGAUUUUUGAAUGACUGUACCCCACAUAUACAAUUAUCUGUAAGGUCCCUCAGUCGAGCAGUGAAUUUCAAACACAGAUUCAACCACAAAGACCAUGGAGGUUUUCCAAUGCCUCUACUGGUAGACAUUGAAUAUCCCUUUGAGCAUGGUAAAGUUAUUAAUUACACUUUGGAUGAUGUAUCAAUACACCCAGUCACUACAAAGAUACAGGUGUCCUUCCUAACUCAGUUGCCGGAAAGGAAGGAAACAGCUCAGGGAUUUCACCAUGACGCCAAUGGUGACUUUAAAACAAUUACAGAGUUUAAUGGCUGUGAUAGGAGAAAACUGAGGAUGGAUCAACAACAUUGUAGUUACUCCACAAUACUAACCUAAUUGACAGAGUGAAAAGAAGGAAGCCUGUACAGAAUAAAAAUAUUCCAAAACAUGCAUCUUGUUUUCAGCAAGGCACUAAAGUAAUACUGCCAAAAAUGUGGGAAAGCAAUUAACUUCUUGUCUUGAAUACAAAGUGUUAUGUUUGGGGCAUAUCCAAUACAACACAUUACUGAGUACCACUCUCCAUAUGUUCAAGCAUAGUGGUAGCUGCAUCAUGUUAUGGGUAUGCUUGUAAAAUAAAUGGAAUAGAGCUAAGCACAGGCAAAAUCUUAGAGGAAAACCUGGUUCAGUCUGCUUUCCACCAGACACUGGGAGAUUAAUUCACCUUUCAGCAGGACAAUAACCUAAAACACAAUGCCAAAUCUACACUGGAGUUGCUUACCAAGUAGACAUUGAAUGUUUAUGUUCCUGAGUUGCCGUGUUACAGUUUUUACAUACAUUUGCUUGAAAAUCUAUAGCAAGACCUGAAAAUGGUUUUCUAGCAAUGAUCAACAACCAAUUUGACAGAGCUUGAAGAAUUUUUAAAAUAAUCAUGGGCAAAUGUUGCACAAUCCAGGUGUGGAAUGCUCUUAGAGACUUACCCAGAAAUAUUCACAGCUGUAAUCGCUGCCAAAUGUGAUUCUAAUAUGUAUUGACUCCACAGGAGGUUGGUGGCACCAUAAUUGGGAAAGACAGGCUCUUGGUAAUGGCUGGAACGGAAUAAGUGGAAUGGUAUCAAUUGAUGCGAUUCCAUUAAUUCAGUUCCAGACAUUAUUAUGAGCCAUCCUCCCCUCAGCAGCCUCCUGUGAUUGACUCAGGGGGUUGAAUACCUAUCUAAUCAAGAUAUACACUAUAUAUACAAAAGUAUGUGGACACCCCUUCAAAUUAGUGGAUUCGACUAUUUCAGCCACACCCAUUGCUGACAGGUGUAUAAAAUCGAACACACAGCCAUGCAAUCUCCAUAGACAAACAUAAUGGCCUUACCGAAGAGCUCAGUGACUUUCAACGUGGCACUGUCAUAGGAUGCUACCUUUCCAACAAGUCAUUUUGUCAAAUUUCUGCCCUGCUAGAGCUGCCCCGGUCAACUGUAAGUGCUGUUAUUGUGAAGUGGAAAUGUCCAGGAGCAACAACCGCGAAGUGGUAGGCCACACAAGCUCACAGAACGGGACCAACGAGUGCUGAAGCGGGUAGCGCUUUAAAAUCAUCUGUCCUCGGUUGUAACACUCACUACCGAGUUCCAAACUGCCUCUAGAAUCAACAUCAGCACAAUAACUGUUCACCGGGAGCUUCAUGAAAUGGGUUUCAUGGAUGAGCAGCCGCACACAAGCCUAAGAUCACCAUGCGCAAAGCUUGCCACCAUUGGACUCUGGAGCAGUGGAAACGCAUUCUCUAGAGUGAUGAAUCACACUUCACCAUCUGGCAGUCCGACAGACAGAUCUGGGUUUGGCUGAUGCCAGGAAAACGCUAUCUGCCCGAAUGCAUAGUGCCAACUGUCAAGUUUGGUGGAGGAGGAAUAAUGGUGUGGGGCUGUUUUUCAUGAUUCGGGCUGGGCCCCUUAGUUCCAGUGAAGGUAAAUCUUAAUACUACAGCAUAUAAUUACAUUCUAGACGAUUCUGUGCUUCCAACUUUGUGGCAACAGUUUGGGGAAGGUCCUUUCCUGUUUCAGCAUGACAAUGCCCCCAUGCACAAAGCGAGGUCCAUACAGAAAUGGUUUGUCAAGAUCGGUGUGAAAGAACUUGACUGGCCUGCACAGAGCCCUGACUUCAACCCCAUCGAACACCUUUGGGAUGAAUUGGAACGCUGACUGCGAGCCAGGCCUAAUCGCCUAACAUCAGUGUCCGACCUCACUAAUUCUCUUGUGGCUGAAUGUCCCCGCAGCAAUGUUCCAACAUCUAGUGGAAAGCCUUCCCAGAAGAGUGGAGGCUGUCAUAGCAGCAAAGGGGGGACCAACUCCAUAUUAAUGCCCAUGAUUUUGGAAUGAGAUGUUCGACGAGCAGGUGUCCACAUACUUUUGGUCAUGUAGUGUAUUAGUCUUUAUUUUUUAUUUUUUAAUGUUAGAAUUUUUCUGACACUUUGACAUUAUAGAGUAUUUUGUGUAGAUCGUUAAAAAAAGACAAUUAAAUCAAUUUUAAUCCCACUUUGUAACACAACACAAUUUUGAAAAGGUCAAGGGGUGUGAAUACUUUCUGAAGGCACUGUUUCCACUAGUUCUAAUGUGUCCAUAAUAUUCGUGAUCUGCUUAAGUUCAUGAGGGUGAUAGUUUGUAGUGUGAUUUCCUUUACAGUCCAUUGAAGUACUUAAAACCGUGUUAUAGUCUCCCACCAUAAUAAUAAAUAAUAAUAAUAAUAUGCCAUUUAGCAGACGCUUUUAUCCAAAGCGACUUACAGUCAUACGUGCAUACAUUUUUGUGUAUGGGUGGUCCCGGGGAUCGAACCCACUACCCUGGCGUUACAAGCGCCGUGCUCUACCAGCUGAGCUACAGAGAACCAAAUAGGAUUGUUUGUUGCUUAUGAGUUCAAUAGAUUGUUAUAAAUAUUUUCUAAGUGUGGAUCAUCAUUAUUUGGACCAUAUAGAUUAAUGAGCCAAAUCUGUUUAUCUUCCACUAGCAUAUUCAAAAGGAUCCACCUUCCUUGCGGAUCUGUUUAGAUAGUUUGCACACUCGGAUCUAAAUGAUUAUUAAUUAAUAAUAUCAUCACCCCUUUUCAAUUUCUUUGCACAUGACAGUACAUUUUUUCCCCCCAGUCCUUUUUCCACACAACUUCAUCUGUAGAUGAAGAGUGAGUUUCCUGUAAACAAAGACAUUAUAUUCCAUCUCUUUUAGCUAGGUAAAGACUGAUCGUCAUUUCUUAUUAUCGACUAAACCAUUACAAUUAUAACUAGCCAUACUUAUUUCACCACUUACCAUAAUGAGAGGUAUACUUACCAUAAUGCAUGCCUGUAGAAUUACUAACAUAAAGUACCGUGAUGAUCAAAUCAAAUCAAAUUGUAUUUGCCACAUGCGCCGAAUACAACAGGUGUAGACCUUACAGUGAAAUGCGUACUUACAAGCCCUUAACCAACAAUGUAGUUUUAAGAAAAAUAAGUGUUAAGUAAAAAAUAGAUAAGUGAAAAAUAAAUAUCAAAAUAUAUUAAAGAGCAGCAGUAAAAUAAAAUAAAAUAACAGUAGGGAGGCUAUAUACAGGGGGUACCAGUACAGAGUCAAUGUGCGGGGGCACAGGUUAGUCGAGGUAAUUGAGGUAAUAUGUACAGUGCCUUGCAAAAGUAUUCAUCCCCCUUGGCGUUUUUCCUAUUUUGUUGCAUUACAACCUGUAAUUUAAAUGGAUUUUUAUUUGGAUUUCAUGUAAUGGACAUACACAAAAUAGUCCAAAUUGGUGAAUUGAAAUGAAAAAAAAUGAAACAAAUGACGGAAAAGUGGUGCGUGCAUAUGUAUUCACCCCCUUUGCAAUGAAGCCCCUAAAUAAGAUCUGGUGCAACCAAUUACCUUCAGAAGUCACAUAAUUAGUUAAAUAAAGUCCACCUGUGUGCAAUCUAAGUGUCACAUGAUCUGUCACAUGAUCUCAGUAUAUAUACACCUGUUCUGAAAGGCCCCAGAGUCUGCAACACCACUAAGCAAGGGGCACCACCAAGCAAGCGGCACCAUGAAGACCAAGGAGCUCUCCAAACAGGUCAGGGACAAAGUUGUGGAGAAGUACAGAUAAGGGUUGGGUUAUAAAAAAAUAUCAGAAACUUUGAACAUCCCACGGAGCACCAUUAAAUCCAUUAUUAAAAAAUGGAAAGAAUAUGGCACCACAACAAACCUGCCAAGAGAGGGCCGCCCACCAAAACUCACGGACCAGGCAUGGAGGGCAUUAAUCAGAGAGGCAACAAAGAGACCAAAGAUAACCCUGAAGGAGCUGAAAAGCUCCACAUUGGAGAUUGGAGUAUCUGUCCAUAUGACCACUUUAAGCCGUACACUCCACAGAGCUGGGCUUUAAAGAAGAGUGGCCAGAAAAAAGCCAUUGCUUAAAGAAAAAAAUAAGCAAACACGUUUGGUGUUCGCUAAAAGGCAUGUGGAAGACUCCCCAAACAUAUGGAAGAAGGUAAUCUGGUCAGAUGAGACUAAAAUUGAGUUUUUUGGCCAUCAAGGAAAACGCUAUGUCUGGCGCAAACCCAACACCUCUCAUCACCCCGAGAAAACCAUCCCCAGAGUGAAGCAUGGUGGUGGCAGCAUCAUGCUGUGGGGGUGUUUUUUAUCGGCAUGGACUGGGAAACUGAAUUGAAGGAAUGAUGGAUGGCGCUAAAUACAGGGAAAUUCUUGAGGGAAACCUGUUUCAGCCUUCCAGAGAUUUGAGACUGGGACGGAGGUUCACCUUCCAGCAGGACAAUGAACCUAAGCAUACUGCUAAAGCAACACUCGAGUGGAUUAAGGGGAAACAUUUAAAUGUCUUGGAAUGGCCUAGUCAAAGCCCAGAUCUCAAUCCAAUUGAGAAUCUGUGGUAUGACUUAAAGAUUGCUGUACACCAGCGGAACCCAUCCAACUUGAAGGAGCUGGAGCAGUUUUGCCUUGAAGAAUGGGCAAAUAUCCCAGUGGCUAGAUGUGCCAAGCUUAUAGAGGCAUACCCCAAGAGACUUGCAGCUGUAAUUGCUGCAGAAGGUGGCUCUACAAAGUAUUGACUUUGGGGGGGGUGAAUAGUUAUGCACGCUCAAGUGUUCAUUUUUUUUGGUCUUAUUUCUUGUUUGUUUCACAACAUUUUUUAUUUUGCAUCUUCAAAGUGGUAGGCAUGUUGUGUAAAUGAAAUGGUACAAACCCCCCCAAAAUCAAUUUGAAUUCCAGGUUGUAUGGCAACAAAAUAAUUUCACAAGCCACUGUACAUGUGGGUAGAGUUAAAGUGACUAUGCAUAGAUAAUAAACAGAGAGUAGCAGCAGCGUAAAAGAGGGGGUGGGGUGGGGGGGGACAAUGCAAAUAGUCCGGGUAGCCAUGAUUUGUUCAGGAGUCUUAUGGCUUGGGGGUAGAAGCUGUUAAGAAGCCUUUUGGACCUAGACUUGAUGCUCCGGUACUACUUGUCGUGCGGUAGCAGAGAGAACAGUCUAUGACUAGGGUGGCUGGAGUCUUUGACAAUUUUUAGGGCCUUCCUCUGACACCACCUGGUAGGUCCUGGAUGGCAGGAAGCUUGGCCCCAGUGAUGUACUGGGCCGUACACACUAUCCUCUGUAGUGCCUUGCGGUCGGAGGCCGAGCAGUUGCCAUACCAGGCAGUGAUGCAACCAGUCAGGAUGCUCUCGAUGGUGCAGCUGUAUAACCUUUUGAGGAUCUGAGCACCCAUGCCAAAUCUUUUCAGUCUCCUGAGGGGGAAUAGGUUUUGUCGUGCCCUCUUCACGACUGUCUUGGUGUGUUUGGACCAUGAUAGUUUGUUGGUGAUGUGGACACCAAGGAACUUGGUGUCAAGCUGAUAGACAUAGCUGUACCUGAGAUAUACAAUGUAUCUAACUGUCCUCUGUUGUCCCUCCCCUAAAAAAAAUCUCCCCCUAUGGUGAGGAAAGCCUUAUCACCCCCUCCCAGAAUCUUGCACCUUCAUCACUUUCCUAACCACGGAGUGCAUGACACUAUCUGUCCCAUACUUAACCACGCUAUGCCCCCCAGCCUAAACCUAAAGGUCUGAGGUGGGAGGUGUAUUUACUCUAUGGUCAUUAUUGACAGGUUGGCUGACAAGGUCACAGAAAUUAUGUGUGUGCAUCGAUGAGGCAGAAGGCUGUGUGUUGUUAUGAUUCUGAACGGUCAGAUAGCUAGCAACAAUCACAAGAAGCUGCCUUGUGGGGAAUCAUAGGUGGCUCGUUUCAGCUCGUUGUAUGUUGUUAUUGAUACCAUGUCUUGUUUUGAGGUGUUUUGACUCAUGUCAUGUCUAUGCUGAUAUGGCUCAAAUUCGCUAGCUAGCUAACCAACAACUGUAACAAUGUAUUUGAGAAACAAGUGCUCAUUGUGCAAAUGUAUUUAUGUUUUCAAUAAACAUUUGGAGACAAAAUAUAGUUUACAUGUUGUCAACAAUCUAAGCCAACCCCGUCUGUUUUGCCCCAUAGUUGUGCAUGCGUCGGUUUUGUUGCUAAGAUAGCUGAUUUUAGUUGAAUCCAGAAUAUAUUUUUUAAAAGAGUAUGGAAUCAAUACUAAGUCAGAUAAAAUACACACGAUAAAUACAAAUGCACACAAGAGUCAGUGUAUGUGUAGAUAUGACGAAAUAUCCUCUUCAUUCUUUUGCUUUAUCAGUUAUCUUCGGUACCAUGACACAACAGUUUCAUCAGAGCUUAUUUUACAGGGAAGCUUUGCAAAUAUAGCUGCAGCAUUGCAAUGAUUUCACACUUGGAUUUUCAGUUGCCAUAUUAGUGCUGUUAUCUUUUUUUUGUCAAUUAACAAUUGAGAAACAUAAGAAAAUAGGGAACUUGGUCCACACACACACACACACACACACACACACACACACACACACACACAGACACAGUGGACAAAAGUCUCCCUAUUGACAAAAAGGGUCACAGAGUUCACAGCUAUGUGAUAUAUUGGAUGAGGAGCCAAUUAACCUCAUUGGGUCGCUUUCUUCGCAGCAAAGGAGAACCGGUAGUAGCUUACACAGCAUUACCCCCACUCCCAUACACGCACACAUGCACCACACACACGCACCACACACACACACACACACGCACACACACACACACACACACACACACACACACACACACACACACACACAUACACCAACCACUCCCACCAAAAAAACACAAGUCUUUUAUAGUGUUGACCCUAUAAAAGGGUCAUUUCCUGAAGGUGCAGGAACCAUAAACAUUAAGAGGGAGAGCGCUAAAAGGACAGGCCAGCAGAAGCCAGACUGUCUUCAGCCCACUGGCCAGUGUGUGUGGGAAGUCGAUAACUAUGUGAGGUUUUUAUAUAUUUAUUCAUUCCAUGGAAGGCUAUGUUUGAUGGUGACACCUGUUCCUGUCCCUUUUCAGUCACUCCCAUCCACUGCGGGAGCCUCUGAAGGGAAAGAUAAACUUUGGUGAUGACUUGUUUGGACGCUGGGUCAUUACUGUUUUUUAAAGAAGAAAUUAAAACUUUCUAGAAACUGCCAGGCCUGUUGAAAUAGAACAACAUGCUGUACAUUUUAUGGCUAAUAACAUUUCUAAGGACCAAAGUCUAUUAAUACGGAGGGCGAAAUUUCACCAGUGCUUUCAGGAAUCUUACUCCCUCCACCUUUCAUUCCGUAUUCCCACGCUCCACCCAUGUCCCCACCACACCAACCAGUCCCGGCCUUCUCUGUGGAAAACUUGGGAGACUUAAAACAUUACGAUGACCAUCAUCAGACCAAUAAAUGCAUCUCUUCAUCCUGUCAUGUGUGUGUGUGUGUACCCAGUAGUGAGCUGGUAUGCUGCUCAGUGCCUGUUAAGGGGAUUCAGGGCGCUAGCAUCCAGCUUGCUGCGCUGUAUGUGCCCCAUAGUGCGUGGGCAUGCAGAGUGGUGGAGGGCUGCAUGGGGGAGUGUUGGGGAUGGGGUCCACAGGGAGCAACAAGCAGCCCAGUACUAUCCUUAAGGGACAAAUUCAUGGAGGGGCUUUUAUAGGUACACUUAAAAAGACCUGAAACAGAUGUUACGUCUCAAUAAUAAAGGAAAUAAUUACUUCCCACCAGUAAUUAAGCACUGUGUAGAGGAGGAACACAAGGGAAGAGAGGAGAGGAGGGCAGAGGAGGAGAGGAGAGAAAAUAUAAAAUGGAGAUCAUUGAGGGGAUUAUUACUGCCGGGUGAGUCGGGCGGUGGAGGCGGUGCUGUGGAGACAUUUAUGGAGGAGCCCAUUAAUCCUAAAUUAAGGCUCUGAUCAGAGGAAAUGCAGCAUGGACAUAAUGCCAGAUCACACCAGGAUUUCGACGUGCCUGAAAGAGGUUCGGAUGGUGCGUAUUGAGCGGAUUGCCACCGCCACAGCUGAUUAAUAUCUGCAUGAACAUUUUAUUUGAGCCCUUCUAUGUGGCCCUGAGAGUGGCUCCUUACUGUAUUCAUCCAUCGCCUAUGGCUGCAUGCAUUUCCGUUUCAGCAUGCCGAGAGCCGAGAUCAACUCAGGAAGUUCAUUAUAUUGAAGCAGCACAUUGUCCAAACGUCCAAAUGUUCUUUAGGCCUGGAGCCAAGUUUCAUUAUUUUAAUGUACAGUGCUGGUGGAAGAAAACUCUGGGGAACACAACUCUAGCUGACAAGGCCUGAUCACAGUGACUUUGUCCACAGUGAAAAUCCUUGGCCAAGGCUUUGAGCCUUGAACUCUUAGCCUUGGGCUUCGAACCUUGAGCUUUGAGCUCUGGGCUUUCUUGCCUUGAGAUUUAAGCCUUGGGCUUUGAGUGUGAUUCAGGGCUGCCUCAAUAGCCCAGUGAGGGAAAACAGAGAGGCCAAUCUCACAUCAUCACCCAAAGACAGGGGGGCAUGGAGGGCGUGCAUCAAAACAUCUUUCCUUUUGUGGGUCCCUCUGGCCUCUGCACCCCCUCAGCCCUAUAGAGAUGAGAUGACUUGGAAUGAAAUAAUAAAGUCGUCAAAUAAAACAAAUAUUUUAUUAAAGUAAUGUGAAUAAAUUACGGGUAAUAAGUGAUAAGCAGUAAUGGGCAGUCACUACCAUCAUGGAACUUUUAUUAAUUGUUUUAUUCAAUGUUGUUACAGCAUUCAACCCACAUGAUGCAUAGCGCAUUUAAUAUUUAAAAAAAUCAUCAAAACUUUUUUAAUAAUCGAACCAAAACCGAACCGACCUCAAAAAGCACUAAUCGCUUAGCACUAGUUGCUGGAGAGGAAGAAAACCGCUCAGGGAUUUCACCAUGAGACCAAUGGUGACUUUAAAACAGCUAGAGAGUUUAAUGGCUGUGAUAGGAGAAAACUGAGGAAGGAUCAACAACAUUGUAGUUACUCCACAAUACUAACCUAAAUGACAGAGUGAAAAGAAGGAAGCAUGUACAGAAUAAAAAUAUUCCAAAACAUGCAUCCUGUUUGCAAUAAGGCACUAAAGUACAACUGCAAAAAUGUGGCAAAGAAAUUAACUUUAUGUCCUGAAUACAACGUGUUAUGUUUGGGGCAAAUCCAACACAACACAUCACUGAGUACCACUCUUCAUAUUUUCAAGCAUGGUUGUGGCUGCAUCAUGUUAUGGGUAUGCUUGUCAUCGGCAAGGGAGUUUUUUAGGAUUAAAAGAAACGGAAUAGAGCUAAGCACAGGCAAAAUCCUAGAGGAAAACCUGGUUCAGUCUGCUUUCCAACAGACACUGGGAGACAAAUUCACCUUCCAGCAGGACACUAACCUAAAACACAAGGCCAAAUAUACACUGGAGUUGCUUAGCAAGACGACAUUGAAUGUUCCUGAGUGGCCUAGUUACAGUUUUGAUCUAACCCCCUAAGGUCGAUGUCCGCGCCCCUGCGGAAAUCUAAAUAGCAUAAUAAAAAAAGCACCAUAAAAAUCUGUCAGUUUAAGCCAGAGAUAUCAGUUUUUUUGCAUUGGAUGCAUCUCAAUCCACCGCAUCCGCCUAUGUUGCACUUCUGCAUCUGUGGUGAAAGUUGACAGAGCUAGAGCGGUGUUUGUCAGACCAUGAGACAUCCCAACAAAUCGGUCUUCUCACAAAACCGUCUGUGGCGUCCGAAUGGUUUGGCCUACAAACCCCUUUAUUGAAAGAUGAGACUCUCACGAACACAACAGUGUUCUCCGUUUUGCUCUACGACCCCCACAAGCAUCUUGGGACUCAUCUGAAGUCAGUACAGCCGAUCUGCCAACUUCUGUCUGUAGUGUCUGAACAGUUUGGGCUACACACUAAUAUGACCCCUCUGUGGAAAGGUGAGACUCGCACGAACACGUACAUGUUUUACUCUAGGAUGCCCACAGGCCUCCCAAUACUCAUCUGAAGGUCCAGUUGAAAAGAUGUAUGGAAGUAUACAGUAUAUGGAAACAGUUUAGUAACAAAAAUAAUGGGUUAAAUUCAAGUAAAGAAAUACAUAUAACAAAUGUUUCCUGAUCUUCCUUAUAUCUCUCAGAUAUAGGACAGACACUUCAGAACAAACUUCCUUUAGAUUUUUUUGGGGGGGACUAUCUGUUGUUCCAUGUAGUGAAUCUGUUAUUCAAUGCGUUUUUAUGGGCUAAUAGCAGUAAGGCCAAAUAAUUUUCAUUACAAUGUUUUUUUAUAUUUGUUCUUGAUACUUCAAAGGGUCUUAAAAUUCAAAAUCAAAUAGCAAAAUUAUCCUUUGUAUGACCUUCUUAAAACAUUUUCAUAUGGCUUAGACAAGGGCUUAGACUCUUAUGGGUUAAAUCGGCUUGAAAAUCUAUGGCAAGACUUGAAAAUGGCUGUCUAGCGAUGAUCAACAACCAACUUGACAGAGCUUGAAUAAUUUUUUAAAGAAUAAUGUGCAAAUAUUGUACAAUCCAGGUGUGCAAAGCUCUUAGAGACUUACCCAGAAAGACUAGCAGCUGUAAUUGCUGCCAAAGGUGAUUAUAACAUGUAUUGACUCAGGGGUGUGAAUACUUAUGUAAAUGAGAUCUUUCUGUAUUUCAUUUUCUAUAAACUUGAAAAAAUUUAUAAAAACAUUUUCACAUUGUCAUUAUGGGGUAUUGUGUGUAGAUGGGUGAGAAAAAAUAGAUUGAAUCCAUUCUGAAUUCAGGCUGUAACACAACAAAAUGUGGAAUAAGUCAAGGGCUAUGAAUACUUUCUGAAGGCACUUUAGUUGAAAUGAAUGGACAUUGUAUUGUUUACAUGAUUUGGCAGUAAAAAAAACUGCUAUUUUUCUUUGCAGAAUCUGUUGCUUUGCAGAAUCAGUCUUAAUAUCCCCUCUCGGUCAGAAUCCGUCAGAACACACACAUGCAUGCACACACACGCACGCACGCACAUGCACAACACACAGAAAACCCUGCUCGUUUCCUGCUGUCCAGCUGUCCGGCUUAUUUCACCUCACUGCGCUCUCUCUCUUUCUCCCUCCCUCCCUUUCUCCCUUUCCCUCUCCCACAGUUCUGCAUGCAUUUCUGUGGUUCAGUUCUUUUCUGUGGAAGGGUUUUAUUAUUAUUGUAAGACCCCUAUCCCUGUCUUGGGGAGAGAGUCUGUUUGGGGCCCCUGUGUAUAUGUGUGUGUAUGUGUGUGCGCUCACUGGGUUGGAACAGGGAGUAUUAGGAGGUGUCUUUUGUUGCUCCUGGGGGGCUCCUGUGCUCAGUCCUAAUAGGAGUCUUGUGCCUGCCGUUGUCCCAGGGGAUGGGGUCUGAAUGACGGAUCUAACUUCACAUCCCCCCUUCCCCACCUCUACCCCAGCCUCCCCCACCCUCCUCUCCUCCCCUUUGGGGGAGGCUGAGAGACAAAGAGGGAGUGGGGGUGUACUGUGGCCUCUGUCUUAUUAGAAGGGUCGUGAACGUGUCACAAUGAUUAAUUUGCCGAGGUGUGCAGGGAUACCCUAGAGUCACAUUUAUCUAACGCCAGGGCUCCCAAAUGUGCACUCGCCACAAAAUGGAACAUUUGCAUUUCCCAUUAAGAAAAUAAAAUACAUAUAUAUGCAAAUGCAAUCCCCAUCUUGGUUGAUGCCAUUAUGUACUAUCGUUUUGGAUAUUCACAAUAGAUGAACGUUUUCUUUAUUUUGUAACUCUUUUUUUGGGAAGUCUAUCUAUUGAGCCUGAUUGGCACGCUGUUCCUUUUUUACUGCACGUGUGGACGCACACACACACACACACACACACACACACACACACACACACACACACACACACACACACACACGGGAACUUCAAAACCACCAAUGUUGUGGUUCAAACCAUGAUCAUUACAUUUUUAAGAAUCCAAGAGACAGAAAUAACACUGAACUGAACUUGCUAUCUUAGUGCAACAUGGAACAACUAUAUUGUUUACUAACAAACAUAUAGAUUCUCAGCAAAUGUACAGCCAUGGCAACCAUAGUUCUUUGCUUGUCUCUGACACUAUCUUAUUGGCACUUUUCCCUUAUAACCAGUGAAUGGUCUGCAUGGGUUGAUUGGGUGAUGUUAUACGGGGUUGCCUCUAAGGAUUAGCCUUUUGACAGACAGCAGGGUACACAAACCACCCUGUCUGUCUGUCAGCCCAGAUUUCCUUCAUACAAAUAGGACUGGAGAGGUUGGAUGUGGUGUCUCCAUCAAAUAUUCCAUCAACUUACUCUAUAUUCUCUAUGUGCCUCCUAUCAGACCAAGCAGAAGGCUCCAUUGUGAACUGUCUGCAUAACGAGGCAAUGGGAUUGUCUGUUUGCCACCUUUCAAUCUAAUGUCAGCCUAGUUUUUUGUGUCUGGUUCGAGGACACCAUGAUUUGAAUUUGAGAUUUUGAAACGACAUAAGCCACUCUCUGAUGUCAGCUCAUGGUGCAAUGUGCUGUUGUGUUGUGUUGUGUUGUGCAACACAGCAUAUGGUGUGAAUAAUAUAGCCUACACUCUUCUCUCUCUGUGUAAAAUGUAUUUUGCAUCUCCUAUAUAUGUGGGCAUCACGUUCAUUCUUCUCUUGCCACGUCCAUGCAGCACCACCUGGUAGUAUUACUGCCAAUCAUUAAAACAUAGCAUGCUUUGAAAUGGCCUCGGACGUAUUUGAAUGGACAGAUGAAAUUGAUGAAUAAACCCUUAUAGUUUAUAAGUCUCCCCUUACAUUAACACAUAGAGUGCCCUGAGCUAGUGUUGGAAAACAGGUACCCAGGGAGAGGGCCAGAUGUUCAGUAGUCCCACCUGCAGACCUGCUGAGCCUUGGCAGUUAAAAUUCAUGUGCUACAUAUGCUCCCAUCACACCGUAGGGAAAUAAGCUGCUACAGUAAUGAAGCAGAGCAGCACUCUACACUGCCAUAGUGGAAACAGGAGAGAAGAACAAAACAGGCAUGUGUCCUAUGAUGGCGCUGCAGUGGAUAGCUGCCGUCUUACGGGCUCCUGACCAAAUCUGCUAUUUUGUAUGCUGAUCCUAUGACCGAAAACAGCUUAUGGACAUCUGAACAGCGAUUACUAACCUCGAUUUGGAUGAAGAUUUCUACUUCAAUGAGUCGGCAGCUCUGGAUGUUAUGCUUACCCUGGACCAGGUCCUGAUCACCGGGACUCGAAAGAGGAAGCGGCGGCAAAAGAGAGGCAAGCGAGGCGGCAUCAUGAUUAGACUCCGUCGGCGAGCAUGUAGAACGCCAUCUCUAGAGAACAAACUGGACGAGCUCCGUUCGGGACUAUCCUAUCAACGGGACCUGAAGAACUAUAAUAUCCUGUUUCUCGGAGUCGUGGCUGAACAAGAACAUGGAUAUUAUACACCUCGCUGGCUUUUCCAUCGUCAAGAUCGGAUGGCAGCUUUGGCUAAGCUGAGAGAGGGAGGGGUGUGUCUCUUAGUUAACAACAGCUGGUGCGUGAUCUCUAAUGUUAGGGAAGUCUCAAGUUUUUGCUCGCCUGAGUUAGAAUAUCUCAUGACAAGCUGCAGACCAUACUAUUUACUAAGAGAGUUUUCAUCUAUAUUUUUCGUAGCUAUAUAUUUACCACCACAAACUGAUGAUGGCACUAAGACUGCACUCAACAAGCAGUAUAGGGCCAUAAGCAAACAAGAAAAUUCACUUCCAGAGGCGGCGCUUCUCGUGGCCAGUGAUUUUAAUGCAGGGAAACUGAAAUCCGUUUUACCAACAUGUCACCAGUGCAACUUGAGAAAACAAAAUGCUAGAUCACCUUUACUCCACACACAGAUGUUUGAGUAAACAGGUUAACCUCUGGGCCAGACAGAUUACCAGGACGCAUACUCAGAGCAUGCACUGACCAGCUGGCGGGUGUCUUCACUGACAUUUUCAACCUCCCUGACUCAUUCUGUAAUACCUGCAUGUUUCAAGCAGACCACCAUAGUCCCUGUGCCCUAGAAUGACAAAGUAACCUGUCUAAAUGACUAUUGCCCCAUAGCACUCACAUCUGUAGCCAUGAAAUGUUUUGAAAGGCUGGUCAUGGCUCACAUCAACACCAUCAUCCCAGACACCCUGGACCCACUCCAAUUCGCAUACUACCUCAACAGAUCCACAGAUGACGCAAUCUCUAUUGCACUCCACACUGCCCUCUCCCACCUGGACAAGAGGACCACCUAUGUGAGAAUGUUGUUCAUUGACUACAGUUCAGCGUUCAACACCAUAUGGUCCUCUGUAGCUCAGCUGGUAGAGCACGGUGCUUGUAACGCUUGUAACGCCAAGGUAGUGGGUUCGAUCCCCGGGACCACCCAUACACAAAAAUGUAUGCACGCAUGACUGUAAGUAGCUUUGGAUAAAAGCGUCUGCUAAAUGGCAUAUUAUAUUAUAUAUUAUAGUGCCCUCCAAGCUCAUCACUAAGCUCAGGGCCCUGGGAAUGAACACCUCCCUCUGCAACUGGAUCCUGGACAUUCUGACGGGACGCCCCCAGGUGGUGAAGGUAGAAAACAACACAUCCGCCACAUUGACCCUCAACACGGGGGCCCCUCAAGGGUGCGUGCUGAGUCCCCUCCUGUACUCCCUGUUCACCAAUGACUACAUGGCCGUGCACGACUCCAACAUCAUCAUUACGUUUUAUGAUGACACGACGGUGGUAUCACCGGCGACGAUGAGCCCGCCUAUAGAGAGGAGGUCAGUGACCUGGCAGUGUGGUGCGAGGACAACAACCUUUCCCUCAACGUCAGCAAGACAAAGGAGCUGAUCGUGAACUACAAGAAACGGAAGGGCCGAGCACACCCCAUCCACAACCACAGGGCUGUAGUGGAGCGGGUUGAGAGCUUCAAGAUCCUCGGUGUUCACAUCACUAAGGAAUUAACAUAGUCCACACACACCAACACAGUCGUGAAGAAGGCAUGACAUCACCUCUUCCCCCUCAGGAGGCUGAAAGGAUUUGGCAUUGGCCAUCAGAUCCUCCAAAAGUUCUACAGCUGCACUAUUGAGAGCAUCUUGACUGGCUGCAUCACAGCUUGGUAUGGCAACUGCUUGGCAUCCGACCACAAGGCGCUACAGAGGGUAGUGCAUACAGCCCAGUACAUCACUGGGGCCGAGCUCCAGGACCAAAUAGCUACCCGGACUAUCGGCAUUGACCCUCUUUGCACUAACUCUAUUGACUCAUCACAUAUGCCGCUGCUACUGUUUAUUAUCUAUCCUAUUGCCUAGUCACUUUACCCCUACCUAUUAUGUACACAUCUACAGUGCUUUCAGAAAGUAUUCACACCCCUUGACUUUUUCCACAUUUUGUUGUGUUACAGCCUUAAUUUAAAAUGGAUUCAAUUAAGAUUUGUUGUCACUGGCCUACACCCAAUACCCCAUAAUGUCAAAGUGGAAAUAUGUUUUUCGAAAUGUUUACAAAUUAAUUGCAAAUGAAAAGCUGAAAUGUCUUCAGUCAAUAAGUGUUCAACCCAUUUGUUAUGACAAGCCUAAAUAAGUUCAGGAGUAAUAAUAGAUGAUUUUUGAAUGACUACCUCAUCUCUGUAUCCCACACAUACAUUUAUCUGUAAGGUCCCUCAGUCGAGCAGUGAAAUUCAAACACAGAUUCAACCACAAAGACCGUGGAAGUUUUCCAAUGCCUCGUAAAGAAGGGCACUUAUUGGUAGAUGAGUAAAAAUAAAAAAGCAGACAUUGAGCAUGGUGAAGUUAUUAAUUAAACUUUGGAUGGUGUAACAAUACAGACACAGGUGUCCUUCCUAACUCAGUUGCCGUAAAGGAAGGAAACUCAGGGAUUUCAACAUGAGGCCAAUGGCGACUUUAAAACAGUUACAGAGUUUAAUGGCUGUGAUAGGAGAAAACUGAGGAUGGAUCAACAAUACUAACCUAAUUGACGGAGUGAAAAGAAGGAAGCCUGUACACUGAAUAAAAAUAUUCCAAAACAUACAUCCUGUUUGCAACAAGGCACGAAAGUAAUACUGCAAACAUUUUGAAAAAGCAAUUAACUUUGUCCUGAAUACAAAAUGUUAUGUUUGGGGCAAAUCCAAUACAACACAUUGCUAAGUACCACUCUCCAUAUUUUCAAGCAUAGUGGUGGAUGCAUCAUGUUAUGGGUAUGUUUGUAAUCGUUAAGAUCUGUGGAGUUUUUCAGGAUAAAAAAGAAAUGGAAUGGAGCUAAGCACAGGCAAAAUCCUAGAGGAAAACCUUUCCACCAGACACUGGGAGAUUAGUUCACCUUUCAGCAGGACAAUAACCUAAAACACAAGGCCAAAUCUACACUUGAGUUGCUUACCAAGAACAGUUAAUGUUCUUGAGUGGCCGAGUUACAGUUUUUACUUAAAUCUACUUGAAAAUCUAUGGCAAGACCUGAAAAUGGUUGUCUAGCAAUGAUCAACAACCAAUUUGACAGAGCUUGAUGAAUUUUGAAAAGAAUAAUGGGCAAAUGUUGCACAAUCCAAGUGUGGAAAGCUCUUAGAGACUUACCCAGAAAGACUCACAGCUGUAAUUGCUGCCAAAGGUGCUUCUACAAAGUAUUGACUCAGGGGUGGCAGUACUUAUGUAAAUUAGAUAUUUCUGUAUUUCAAUCAAAUUUUCAAAAAUGUCUAAAAACAUGUUUUCACUUUGUCAUUAUGGAGUAUUGUGUGUAGAUGGGUGAGAAAAAACAUAUAUUGAAUCACUUUUGAAUUCAGGCUGUAACACAACAAAAUAUGGAAUAAGUCAACGGGUAUGAAUACUUUCUAAAGGCACUGUACCUUUAUUACCUCGUACUCCUGCACAUCGACUCAGUACUGGUACGUGUAUAUAGCCAAGUUAUCGUUACUCAUUGUGAAUUUAUUCUAUUUUUUCUAAAUUUUUCUCUCUGUAUUGUUGGGAAGGGCCCGUAAGCAUUUCACUGUUAGUCUACACCUGUUGUUUACGAAGCAUGUGACAAAUAAUAUUUGAUUUGAUUUGAAACACCGCUCACGCUUACAGUUGAAGUCGGAAGUAUACAUACACUUAGGUUGGAAUCAUUAAAACUCGUUUUUCAACCACUCCACACAUUUCUUGUUAACAAACUAUAGUUUUAGCAAGUCGGUUAGGACAUCUACUUUGUGCAUGACACAAGUAAUCUUUCCAACAAUUGUUUACACACAGAUGAUUUCACUUAUAAUUCACUGUAUCACAAUUCCAGUGGGUUAGAAGUUUACACUAAAUUGACUGUGCCUUUAAACAGCUUGGAAAAUUCCAGAAAAUGAUGUCAUGGCUUUAGAAGCUUCUGAUAGGCUAAUUGACAUCAUUUGAGUCAAUUGGAGGUGUACCUGUGGAUGUAUUUCAAGGCCUACCUUCAAACUCAGUGCCUCUUUGCUUGACAUCAUGGGAAAAUCAAAAGAAAUCAGCCAAGACCUCAGAAAAAUAAUUAUAGACCUCCACAAGUCUGGUUCAUCCUUGGGAGCAAUUUCCAAACGCCUGAAGGUACCACGUUCAUCUGUAAAAAAAAAGGGGAUAUCUUGCAAGCCGAAGAACACCAUCCCAAUCGUGAAGCACGGGGGUGGCAGCAUCAUGCUGUGGGGUUGCUUGGCUGCAGGAUGGACUGGUGCACUUCACAAAAUAGAUGGCAUCAUGAGGAAGGAAAAGUAUGUGGAUAUAUUGAAGCAACAUCUCAAGACAUCAGUCAGGAAGUUAAAGCUUGGUCGCAAAUGGGUCUUCAAAAUGGACAAUGACCCCAAGCAUACUUCCAAAGUUGUGGCAAAAUGGCUUAAGGACAAAGUCAAGGUAUUGGAGUGGCCAUCACAAAGCCCUGACCUCAAUCAUAUAGAACAUUUGUGGGCAGAACUGAAAAAGCGUGUGCGAGCAAGGAGGUCUACAAACCUGACUCAGUUACACCAGCUCUGUCAGGAGGAAUGGGCCAAAAUUCACCCAACUUAUUGUGGGAAGCUUGUGGAAGGCUACCCGAUAACAUCUGACCCAAGUUAAACAAUUUAAAGACAAUGCUACCAAAUACUAAUUGAGUGUAUGUAAACUUCUGACUCACUGGGAAUGUGAUGAAAUAAAUAAAAGCUGAAAUAAAUCACUCUCUACUAUUAUUCUGACAUUUCACAUUCUUAAAAUAAAGUGGUGAUCCUAACUGACUUAAGACAAUGAUUUUUUACUAGGAUUAAAUGUCAGGAAUUGUGAAAAACUGAGUUUAAAUGUAUUUAGCUAAGGUGUAUGUAAACUUCCGACUUCAACUGUACAUGUAUGCGUCCUUCUUGGUUGUCUUUGUAAGAAAAGCCAGAAGUAGGUGAAGGUUGAUAUCUCAGUCAACAGUUGAAUUGUGUUUCUGAGUAUAGCCGCAGGAAGUAGAGGUGCUGAGGGUGCUGCAGCACCUCCUGAAAAAUAUGAAUAUAAAAAUAAAAUGAUCAAUUCACAAAAGUAGAGGGGUUGUCAUUGCACUGGGCCUUUACUAGUCCUGCAUUAGUGGACCGAUACAGCCGUCUGUAGUGCGACAAAUCGCAGCACCCCCAUUCCCAAAAUUCUUCCAGCGGCUAUGUUUCUGAGAGGAGGUAGGUAGCAGGGACUCUGAUGAGAGAGAGGUUGUCAUUGCACCAGUAGGUGGUGCUGUAUGCAAAACCUGAGCUUGUGCCCCAGGUUUGGAUAAAGAGGUAAGGAGACUGGGGGAUUGGGGAGGGGUCUUCUGUAAUAAAGAAAUGGGUACAGGAAAUUAAGACACAUAAAUGUUAAUACACCCCACGGGCAGGAAAAUAUUUAACUCUAUUCAUCAGUAAUAUUUCCUGGCAACAGGGAUCAAGCUAUUUCAGGCCGGGGCUUAAAAUCCCAUUGGUUUUGAGUGAUCUUUACAAGCCUCCCUCAUUUAAUACGGGUGGAAAGUUCUGCCAAGGUAUAUGACAUAAUUAGGCUGCAGGUAUGCACGUUUCACUGAGUUUCCCUAAAAUGUUUUCCCAUUCACGCUCUAUAAAGGCACAAAUUGAUUUUACCCAUCAAUGCUCUCAUUGUUUAGAAUGAUCUAGCUCAUAUGUUGUACAUGUGUGUUUAAUAACUUACUGUUAUAUGGCACUAAAUGUAGCAUGACCAACAAAAACCUGCAUCUCAGAUUACGUAGGAAACUCUACUUUAGGCCUCAGCUUAUUGCAGAAGACAUAUAGAAGAACGUGAAUUGCCAAAGCAACUGAAACCGGUUGUUUCAAGUGAGUCUUUUCUUUCAGCUAUUGGUUAGUUGUUCAUGUGGAUAAAAGAGACAGCAUGGAAAGGCAUUGGUGAAGUUUCACCCUUCACUAUGCAUCAGAAAAACAACAACAUAUAGUAAUCUCAAGUAAACCCGGAGAAAACUGCAGAAUCAUUCAUUCCCGGUUUGGUGCUGAUGAGCAAACACAACAACAACACAACACGUUAAUUGCUGCGACCCAAGCAACCCACCAAAAGGAACAUUGACAUAUUGUUUGUCCAGCGUGAGACACUGUAUAAUUUACACUCACUAAUGACUGGCCCUCGUAAUACAGGCUGAAGGACCACGUCUGUCCCUCGCUUGGCACUUAUUCAAUGUUCCUCUGGACUCUUCUAAUGGAUAUGAUUCUAUCUUUACCUCAUUGAAUUCAUAUUCCUCUAUGCAUGCCCAGUAAAUCAAUUACAACACUUGUUCAGUGUAAAAAAAAAAGUAUUGUUCUGUGUUCUCUUCCAGUCAGUCGAAGUCUGGUAAACAAUUCACCAUUGGCUGCUAAAACCCCACCCAAAACACAAUAAUAAUUGUGGAUGAAUAAGUUCUAUACCUUUGAAAUAUCAAAUGGGUUCUCUGUGUGAAAAGGACUGUUGUGAAGAAAAACACAUUACCAUUGCCAUAGGUUCGACCUUGACCUUCAAACUCAAUUUGGCCAUUAGGACUGCCCCUCCCCAGCACCCCGAGGAUGUAAAAGGGUGACAGUUUUGACCCCUGACCCCAUUUCUUAACUAGGCCGAGGUGCCAAAAUGACCUUUUGACCCAGGAAGCCUUUGCAGGUUGCAUGAGCAACCUCAGAUUUAGCAAUGAUUGACAGGUCCCUGCACUUUAUGUUAAAAUGAGGCAGCAACACACUUCUCAGCAGAGAACAAUGAGAGGGAACACAAGCCUUUAUUCAGUCUAGAUCAUUAACACUCUCGGCUGUCUGCUUCAAGACCAAACUAUCUGCAGUCUACCAACAUUAACCAUAACUUGUAAUUUGGGUGUUACAGAGAGUAUGUAUUGUCCCCAAAUUACUAUAUCAUACAGUUUAGCUCUACAGAGCCCAUUCAAAUCUCCACUAAUGUUAGUUUACUGGAUCUAGACUAAAAGUGGCUCCAAAACGGCAAAUUAUUUUGAUGGUUUAACUGACGGUUCGAUAAUGAGUUUGCUCAAGGGAUCUAUUAACCAUUUGAUGGUUAGUGUUGCUUAGCUGUUUUCCUGCCUCUUCUGACACCCAUCUAACUCCCCAUCCCUCCUCCUGCCGGUGAUUUUGGUGGCAGCUGUGUGGAGAUUGGUUUUGACCUCUGAUCCCCACAUUAGGCGGGAUCUCCAUGCUGUGUCAGUUAUUUAGUUGUGUAAACCAAUGGUUGAGCUCCCAUUGGGUGACAUAAGUCAGUUGCUCAAUUCCAAAUCGACCCAAGCCCCUUCCCCCUAGGCACUGUGUAGAACUGAAAGGAUUGGAGGUAUAAAGCAAUAUGAUAAUAGCUCCCGUGCUCCACCAUGAUAACUGAUAUCUUCACUAUGAUGUCACUAUGAUGUCUGGCAAAACCACUCAUUGGAUUUAGAGGCUUCGUUUGACCCGUCAUCUUAGUUAGCUGUAACAUUUACAAAAUGUUGGUAGUCUCUCAAAAUGUGAAGUCGUUUUUUCAAAGGCAAUACCUUUUUAACCAUCUUAAAGUAUGAAAGAAGAUAUUGACAACAUAGAUAAACAUACAACGCUACACUGAUAUUUGUAAAGCCAUGCUCCAGUCCAGUGUCAUUGAUCAUCAUUUAAAUGCUGACACCUUGUUUGUGAUCUCGUAUGUACACUACCAGUCAAAAGUUUGGACACACCUACUAAUUCAAAGGUUUUUCUUUACUUUUAAAAAUGUUUACAUUGUAGAAUAAUAGUGAAGACAUCAAAACUAUUAAAUAACACAUAUGGAAUCAUGUAGUAACCAAAAAAGUGUUUAACAAAUCAAAAUAUAUUUUGAGAUUCUUCAAAUAGCCACCCUUUGCCUUGAUGACAACUGCACACUCUUGGCAUUCUCUCAACCAGUUUCAUGAGGUAGAAGGUGGAAUGCAUUUCAAUUAACAAGUGUGCCUUCUUAAAAGUUAAUUUGUGGAAUUUCUUUCCUUCUUAAUGCGUUUGAGCCAAUCAGUUGUGUUGUGACAAGGUAGUGGGGGGUAUACAGAAGAUAGCCCUAUUUGGUAAAAGACCAAGUCCAUAUUAUGGCAAGAACAGCUCAAACAAGCAAAGAGAAACGACAGUCCAUCAUUAAUUUAAAACAUUAACUUUGAAAGUUUCUUCAAGUGCAGUCGCAAAAACCAUCAAGCGCUAUGAUGAAAUUGGCUCUCAUGAGGACCACCACAGGAAUGGAAGACCCAGAGUUACCUCUGCUGCAGAGGAUAAGUUCAUUAGAGUUACCAGCCUCAGAAAUUGCAGCCCAAAUAAAUGCUUCACAGAGUUCAAGUAACAGACACAUCUCAACAUCAACUGUUCAGAGGGGACUGUGUGAAUCAGGCCUUCAUGAGUUGGACCCCAGAGUGAAGGAAAAGCAGCCAACAAUUGCUAAGCAUGUGUGGGAACUCCUUCAAGACUGUUGGAAAAGCAUUCCAGGUGAAGCUGGUUGAGAGAAUGCCAAGAGUGUGCAAAGCUGUCAUCAAGGCAAAGCGUGGCUAUUUGAAGAAUCUCAAAUAUAAAAUAUAUUUUGAUUUGUUUAACACUUCUUUGGUUACUACAUGAUUCCAUAUGUGUUAUUUCAUAGUUUUGAUGUCUUCACUAUUAUUCUACAAUGUAGAAAAUAGUAAAAAUAAAGAAAAACCCUUGAAUGAGUAGGAAACACCAACAUAAAGUGUCUUAAUAGGGUAUUGGGCCACCACGAGCCAGAACAGCUUCAUAGAUGCCAUAGUGUCUGAAACUCUAUCGGAGGGAUGCGACACCAUUCUUCCACAAGAAAUUCCAUCAUUUGGUGUUUUGUUGAUGGUGGUGGAAAACGGUGUCUCAGGCGCCACUCCAGAAUCUCCCAUAAGUGUUCAAUUGGGUUGAGAUCUGGUGACUGAGAAGGCCAUGGUAUAUGAUUUACAUCGUUUUCAUGCUCAUCAAACCAUUCAGUGACCACUCGUGCCCUGUGGAUGGGUGCAUUGCCUUCCUAUGGGGGCAUAGCCAUGGUAGCCAAAAUAAUGGCCUGCCCAGCAUUUUUUUACAUGACCCUAAGCAUGAUGGGAUGUUAAUUGCUUGAUUAACUCAGGAACCACACCUGUGUGGAAGCACCUGCUUUCAAUAUACUUUGUAUCCCUCAUUUACUCAAGUGUUUCCAUUAUUUUGGCAGUUACCUGUAUUUACAGAUAUUAAACCUUUAUUCAUGUGGAAACCCUCUCUGUCUCUGUCCCACAGCGGAGCCCUUGGUGCAGGUGGAUGGCAAGCCCAGCUGCUGCUUCUUCAAGUUCAGCCCCAAGCUCAUGUUCACCAAGGUUCUGAAGGCUCAGCUGUGGGUGUACCUACGGCCACUGCAGCAGACCUCCACCAUCUACCUGCAGAUCCUCAGGCUGAAGCCCGUCACGGAGCAGGGCAGCCGCCACAUCCGGAUCCGCUCGUUGAAGAUCGAGCUCAACUCCCGCGUGGGCCACUGGCAGAGCAUCGACUUCAAAAACGUGCUGCAGAACUGGUUCAAGCAGCCGCACACCAACUGGGGGAUCGACAUCAACGCCUUCGAUGAGAGCGGCAACGACCUGGCAGUGACCUCGCUAAGACCGGGGGAGGAAGGGCUGGUAAGGACCCUCAGACCUGUCGCAGCCUUACACACUGACACAAUGGCACUUUGGCCUUUUAUCAAUUAGAUUUGCUCACCUCCUGCGUCCUCUCUCGCCUCUUUUUGAAAAAGGUCAAAGUUAAUCGAGGAGAGUCGGCGAGGAGAGGGAACGUGGAUGGCAAUGCGCUUGAAAUGAGACGGUCCUUCUCCACUCGCGCGUCAUUAGGCAAAUGACGUUUACAGGGGUGGAUCCCAAAAUAAAUGUGUAAAGUGAUAAAAAAAAACGAAUUAAGUUGUGCAAGACAUGUUAUAGAUAAAACAAUAAGCAGCAUUUUGUUUUUAAAUGUAUGCAUGUUUUUCUCCUCUGACAAAACAAGGGCUGAUUCAAAAGGGGUGUGGCAGAUAUCAAAACUCUUCCGUGGUAGGAUACACAUGAGUAUCAUCGAUGAAAGGUGGCUAUCGAGGAGGGGAGGACACUCUUCCGUUUGCCUACUAAUGAACUAACACUCUUCCACCACUCGACCACUUAUCGGUUUCUGGGUCACGGAGGAGAGGGGAUGGUCUUUUGCCCAAAUGAGAAAACCCCAAUGUAAAUAAAUCUCUCCUCGAUCCCUGGCAUCCUCUCUUCACGCCUCCUUCUCAAAAUGCAUUGGAGAAGAAGGUCCAAAGGGAGGGACCUUGGACCUUCUCCUCCAAUACGGUUGAGAAAUAGGCAGGGAGAUAGGAUGCGAAGAAUCAAGGAAAGAUCACUUGAGCGCCAUUGGCAGGGCCGACUCUAGCCUUUUGGGGGCCCUAAGCAAGAUUUGGUUGGGCCCCAGCUAGCCAUUCUCAAACCCAAAUUACUACAUACAGUAAGUCAAGUUUCAGCCCCAUUAAGCAUCACGAAAUGGUAACCCACUAGUAAUUUCAUUUGGUUCAGUUCUUCACAGCAUGGCCCAGGGGUUGACUCUGGCCUCUCAGCCAAUGAAUCCUUGCACAGCAGCAAGCUCUGUUUUUCUUAAGGAGAAGAAAGAAAAGAUCAGAGACACAGAGGCUGUGUACAAAAAUAAAACAAAACACAAAAAGCAAAGAAAGAGGCAAACUCCCCCCUGAUCCUCCAGUUUUUUGCUUUCCCCCACUGCAACAAAAGCCCUAAAACUCAAGCUGACGUGGGUUGACCCUUCUGGCCUCAGCUUAUUUAUUCUGUUGAAAGCGUCACAAAAAACUGUGCUCAAGUCCAAUUGGGUUUUCUGUGGAGAGAUGCUGGAGUAACAUAUUGGCUGCUCUCACAUGCCCAAGGGUCAAGGUUAUGGUAACCUGCGGAUGACGCCAAAGAUCAUAGAUCAAGCUAAGCGUAUGGAAUGUUGGCCAUUCCAUUUAUGUUAACAGAGGUCAGCAUUGCAUCUACUGAUAUGACUCACAUCUUCCUCUCAGUAUUCUGUCUUUAAAACCCAGGGUUGGGUAGGGCACUUUUUAAAUGUAAUCCGUUACAUUUACUAGUUACAUGUCCAAAAUCAUAAUCAGUAACCUAACUUUUGGAUUACCCAAACUCAGUAACGUAAUCGGAUUACGUUCUCUGUGGCCGACAUGAGUAAGACAUUUAAGCGUGCUCACCCUCGCAAGACUGCAGGCCCAGACGACAUCCCUAGCCGCGUCCUCAGAGCAUGUGCAGACCAGCUGGCUGAAAUGUUUACAUAUGUAAUCUCUCCCUAUCCCAGUCUGUUGUCCCCACUUGCUUCAAGAUGUCCACCAUUGUUCCUGUACCCAAGAAAGCAAAGGUAACUGAACUAAAUGACUAUCGCCCCGUAGCACUCACUUCUGUCAUCAUAAAGUGCUUUGAGAGGCUAGUUACAUUUACAUUUUAGUCAUUUCGCAGACGCUUUUAUCCAGAAUGACUUACAGGAGCAAUUAGGGUUAAGUGCCUUGCUCAAGGGCACAUCGACAGAUUUUUCACCUAGUUGGCUAAGGGAUUCGAACCAGCGACCUUUCGAUUACUGGCCCAAUGCUCUUAACCGCUAGACUACCUGCCGCCAUCAUAUCACCUCCACCUUACCCGACACCCGAGACCCACUAAAAUUUGCAUACCACCACAACAGAUCUACGGAUGACACAAUCGCCAUUGCACUGCACACUGCCCUAUCCCAUCUGGACAAGAGGAAUACCUAUUUAAGAAUGCUGUUCAUCGACUACAGCUCAGCCUUCAACACCAUAUUACCCUCCAAGCUCAUCACUAAGCUCGGGGCCCUGGGUCUGAACCCCGCCCUGUGCAACUGGGUCCUGGACUUCCUGACGGGCCGACCCCAGGUGAAGGUAGGCAACAACACCUCCGCUACGCUGAUCCUCAACACGGGGGCCCCACAAGGGUGAGUGCUCAGCCCCCUCCUGUACUCCCUGUUCACCUAUGACUGCAUGGCCACUCACGUCUCCAACUCAAUCAUCAAGUUUGCAGACGACACAACGAGACAGCCUAUAGGGAGGAGGUGAGGGCCCUGGCGGAGUGGUGCAAGGAAAAUAACCUCUCCCUCAACGUCAACAAAAUGAAGGAGCUGAUCAUGGACUUCACGAGACAGCAGAGGGAGCACGCCCCUAUCCACAUCGACGGGACCGCAGUGGAGACGGUGAAAAGCUUCAAGUUCCUCGGUGUAAACAUCACUGACAACCUGAAAUGGUCCAUCCACAAAGACAGUGUGGCGAAGGCAGUGCAACAGUGCCUCUUCAACCUCAGGAGGCUGAAGAAAUUCGACUUGGCCCCUAAAACCCUAGUGAACUUCUACAGAUACACCAUUGAGAGCAUCCUGUCAGGCUGUAUAACCGCCUGGCAACAGCAGGGCUCUCCAGCGGGUGGUGCGGUCAGCCCAACACAUCACCGGGGGCACACUGCCUUCCCUUCAGGACAUCUACUGCACACCCAGGGUCACAGGAAGGCCAAGAAGAUCAUCAAGGACACCAGACACCCGAGCCAUGGCCUGUUCACCCCGCUACCAUCUAGAAGUCGGAGACAGUACAGGUGCAUCAAAGCUGGCACCGAGAGACUGAAAAACAGCUUCUAUCUCCAGGCCAUAGUCACCACUAACCGGCCCCGCCCAAUACCCUGCCCUGAACUUUAGUGACUGUUACUAGCCGGCUACCACCUGGUACUCAACCCUGCACCUUAGAGACUCACUUUAAUAAUGUUUACAUACUGUUUUAACCACUUCAUAUGUACAGUAUAUACAGUGAGGGAAAAAAGUAUUUAGUCAGCCACCAAUUGUGCAAGUUCUCCCACUUAAAAAGAUGAGAGAGGCCUGUAAUUUUCAUCAUAGGUACACGUCAACUAUGACAGACAAAAUGAGAAAAAAUAAUCCAGAAGAUCCCAUUGUAGGAUUUUUUAUGAAUUUAUUUGCAAAUUAUGGUGGAAAAUAAGUAUUUGGUCAAUAACAAAAGUUUCUCAAUACUUUUUUAUAUACCCUUUGUUGGCAAUGACACAGGUCAAACGUUUUCUGUAAGUCUUCACAAGGUUUUCACACACUGUUGCUGGUAUUUUGGCCCAUUCCUCCAUGCAGAUCUCCUCUAGAGCAGUGAUGUUUUGGGGCUGUCGCUGGGCAACACAGACUUUCAACUCCCUCCAAAGAUUUUCUAUGGGGUUGAGAUCUGGAGACUGGCUAGGCCACUCCAGGACCUUGAAAUGCUUCUUACGAAGCCACUCCUUCGUUGCCCGGGCGGUGUGUUUGGGAUCAUUGUCAUGCUGAAAGACCCAGCCACGUUUCAUCUUCAAUGCCCUUACUGAUGGAAGGAGGUUUUCACUCAAAAUCUCACGAUACAUGGCCCCAUUCAUUGUUUCCUUUACACGGAUCAGUCGUCCUGGUCCCUUUGCAGAAAAACAGCCCCAAAGCAUGAUGUUUCCACCCCCAUGCUUCACAGUAGGUAUGGUGUUCUUUGGAUGCAACUCAGCAUUCUUUGUCCUCCAAACACGACGAGUUGAGUUUUUACCAAAAAGUUCUAUUUUGGUUUCAUCUGACCAUAUGACAUUCUCCCAAUCCUCUUCUGGAUCAUCCAAAUGCACUCUAGCAAACUUCAGACGGGCCUGGGCAUGUACUGGCUUAAGCAGGGGGACACGUCUGGCACUGCAGGAUUUGAGUCCCUGGCAGCGUAGUGUGUUACUGAUGGUAGGCUUUGUUACUUUGGUCCCAGCUCUCUGCAGGUCAUUCACUAGGUCCCCCCGUGUGGUUCUGGGAUUUUUGCUCACCGUUCUUGUGAUCAUUUUGACCCCACGGGGUGAGAUCUUGCGUGGAGCCCCAGAUCGAGGGAGAUUAUCAGUGGUCUUGUAUGUCUUCCAUUUCCUAAUAAUUGCUCCCACAGUUGAUUUCUUCAAACCAAGCUGCUUACCUAUUGCAGAUUCAGUCUUCCCAGCCUGGUGCAGGUCUACAAUUUUGUUUCUGGUGUCCUUUGACAGCUCUUUGGUCUUGGCCAUAGUGGAGUUUGGAGUGUGACUGUUUGAGGUUGUGGACAGGUUUCUUUUAUACUGAUAACAAGUUCAGACAGGUGCCAUUAAUACAGGUAACGAGUGGAGGACAGAGGAGCCUCUUAAAGAAGAAGUUACAGGUCUGUGAGAGCCAGAAAUCUUGCUUGUUUGUAAGUGACCAAAUACUUAUUUUCCACCAUAAUUUGCAAAUAAAUUCUGGAUUUUAUUUUCUAAAUUUGUCUAUCAUAGUUGACGUGUACCUAUGAUGAAAAUUACAGGCCUCUCUCAUCUUUUUAAGUGGGAGAACUUGCACAAUUGGUGGCUGACUAAAUACUUUUUUUCCCCACUGUACUGUAUUCUAGUCCAGGCUCAUCCUAUAUAACUACUGCACACAUUUUUUCUAUUCAUAUACUGUUCAUAAUGUCUACACACCAUCAUAUACAUAUACAGUAUAUUUAUAUUGCGGACUCUGACAUUGCUCGUUCUAAUAUUUAUAUAUUUCUUAAUUCCUCUCUUUUUAUUUUUGGGAUUUACGUGUAUUGUUAUGUAUUACUGCACUGUUGGAGCUAGGAACAUAAGCAUUUCGCUACAACCGCGAAAACGUCUGCAAAAUAUGUGUACGCGCCAAUACAAUUAUUUCCCCUUAAGAGGCAUUAGAAGAAGACAAAAAAGAUCUGUCAAAUGCAUUUGAUGUAUCAUCAUAGUGGUCUCUGGUGGAACAAACUUCAAUUUGUGCCUCUUUUCAAUGCUGAUUGAAUGUCAAUGAGAAAACAGAAAGGUGUCAAUGCGGAUUUUUUCAGAUACAUCCUUUCUGAAUUUAAAAGUAAUCCAAUAAGUAAUCUAGUUUUUCAAAAAGUAUCUGUAAUCCGAGUACAAUAUUUUUGCUGGUAACGUAACUGAUUAGUUACAGUUUUCUGGUAAUCAGAUUACAUGUAAUCAGUUACUCCCCAACCCUGUUAAAACCAUAGGUAGUAAACGGCAUUUAGAGGAGUGCAUCAGUUGAAUUUUUUCUCCAGUGACAUUAAUCGUCCCAGUACCCCAGGCUUUUUCCUAGAAGCAUUACUUACCUCACUGUUGAGUUCUAUCGUAAUCGCCUCCAUUUUCCUCCUGUCCCCGCCCCCACCCCUUCCCCUCCCCCUCCCCCUCCCCUCUCCCCUGACUCCAGCAGCCGUUCCUGGAGGUUAAGGUUCUCGAGACGACCAAACGUUCCCGACGUAACCUGGGACUGGACUGUGACGAGCAUUCCACCGAAUCCCGCUGCUGCCGCUAUCCGCUGACAGUGGACUUUGAGGCUUUCGGCUGGGACUGGAUCAUCGCUCCCAAGCGCUAUAAGGCCAACUACUGUUCAGGCCAGUGCGAAUACAUGUUCAUGCAGAAGUAUCCACACACCCACCUGGUACAACACGCCAACCCCAGAGGCUCAGCAGGGCCCUGCUGCACCCCCACCAAGAUGUCGCCCAUCAACAUGCUCUACUUCAACGACAAGCAGCAGAUUAUCCACGGCAAGAUCCCUGGCAUGGUGGUGGACAGGUGUGGCUGCUCUUAGGCCCAACGGAAGUCAUGCAUACUCAUGCACGCCCAACUCCACAUAAUUUCCACCCAAAACCCUAACUAAGCUCUCCUCUGGCACCAGACUUUAUCCCCCUUCUCUCUCCGCCACAAAACAUCCCACUGGACCUCCAUUCUCUUAGUUAUUCAUUUUAGUCAAACAUGUAAAAAUGAAAUAUGAAAUGAAGAUAGGACUGAGGCUGAGUGGUAGAAAUAUAUAUUGAAUAUUAUAAAGGGGGUGUGUCUGUGGAGCAGCUUGAGAAACGUAUGGUAAAUAAGACAAAACUAUGUUUUAGGUGUUUGUUCGUUUUGUGGUUGGUUUUCUUCAAAUAGUUUUUUGAAAGAAAAUGUCUAUCAGGUUUUUGAAAAGAUGGUGUCUUUGUUGAGAUGUCCUGGAUAGUGGAUCCAGGCAGAUGGAGGGAGACAUUCCUAAACAGUUACAGUAUAUUAUAAUUUUCCCACAUCAUUACUUCCAAGCAAAUUCAGUUCUGAGGUGAGGGGCCAAACUGUUUUAUCUGUUCAAAACGCUUUAUUCACAUAUUAUACUCCUAUCAAUGGGAUUUGAUUCACAACCAAGACAUUCAUAGACAGUGCCAAUAGAUGGGGACUUCGUCUACUAAUUAUCAGUGCUAUUGUGCAAUGCUUCACUUUUAGCAUCAUUACGUCAUUACAAAACAAAUCUCCCUUACUUGUCUACUUUUAGACUAAAAGUUUAUGAAAUGAAUCCAAAAUGUUGUUUAUGAAAAUAAUCAUGUUCUAGAGGUGUAAAGUGUUGAGAUCUAAAGCCAAACUCUGUGCCCUCUGAACCCUUUCACAGUUACUUUGAGAGAAAUAAGAAAAUAAGAAAGGAGUUAUUUCACUACCUUUAAAGGGGCAGUGCAGUCAAAA